AUGCUGCAGCAAGGAUCCGGGAAAUGCAGAUUUCAUCAGAGAUUCUGGUCUUUGGAGGGGGUUAGAGUUAAACGCGGCCGGGCUCCAAAUCCUCCCCUCGAAGCCCGCUCCACUCCCCCUCCCCUUUAUGCCUCCCCCCUCCUCUCUGUGCGCGUCGCUAGGAGGUCAUCAAGCGCUCUGCCCAGUCCGCGUUCGCAAGCCCCUCUGUUUCCCGCCCAUCUGGCCCGUGGCUGCUUACGAAGAGGUGUGCGCACACCGAGGGGCGUGUUCCAGUACAAGGAGACGCUGAGCGCCCCUGGGUUAGACCUCAGAGCGGAGCCGGCCAUGGAGCACGGCGGGGGAAAGUUUGGCACCCCGCAAGGGGAUGUCGGACAGGAGUGGGCGGGGCCCCCGAGAGCCGCGCCGGCUCCUCCGCCGCCGGCUCCACCGCCGCCCGCUCCUCCACCACUUCCCGACCCCUCACAGGAACCGGCACCAGAGUCCUGUCCAGAGCCUGCUCCAGGUCCCUGUCCGGAGGCGACCCCAGAACCAGCUACAGAACUAGACACUGAACCGACCCUAGAACCAGCCCCAGAGCCGGCCCCAGAGCCGGCCCCAGAGCCAGUUCCAGAACUGGCCACUGAGCUGACCCCAGAACCUGUCCCAGAGCCGGCCCCAGAGCCUGCCCCAAAGUCGGCCCCAGAGCCAACUCCAGAACCAGUCACAGAGCCGACCCUAGAGCUGGCCCCAGAACCUGCCCCAGAGUUCUGCCCUGAGCCGGCUCCAGAGUCUGGUCCGAAACCGAGUCCAGCACCAUGUCUACUGCAGUGUCCGGUGGUCCCUCGAGAGAGGGAUCUAAAGACUUCGCCAUUGCCGUCACCCCGAACACCAGUGACGUGGUCCAGAAUAAAGAAAAUACUUAAAGAAGGACCUCUGCUGAAGAACUGUAACUCCGUCAAGAGAUGGAAACUUAGAUAUUGUCUUGUUCAAGGACGAAAGCUCUACUUUGCACAUCAUCCCUCGUUUGUACACUUCGAAACAAUUGAUCUGUCUCAAGUCACCUUAGCAGAAAGCAGCUGUAGAAAUCUUUGCCACAGUUUUUCUGUUAUUACACCAGAACGAAAAGUCACCCUGGCAGCACCUAACCGGAAAGACAUGGAAGAAUGGAUUAACAUCAUAAAAACCGUCCAACAAGGAGAAGUUCAUAAGAUACCUGCCGCAGAAAACAACCCUUUCCUCGUCGGAAUGCACUAUUGGUAUUCCAGCCACAGUUCCCGGACUCAGCACUGCAAUGUUUGUCGAGAAAGCAUUCCUGCCUUAUCGAGAGAUGCCAUCAUCUGUGAAGUGUGCAAAGUGAAAUCUCAUAAGUUAUGUGCUUUGAGAGCGAGCAAAGACUGUAAAUGGAAUACCUUGUCCAUUACUGAUGAUCUUCUCCUACCUGCUGAUGAAAUACAAAUCAUGCCUCAUCAGUGGGUAGAAGGAAACAUUCCCGUCAGCUCUCAGUGUGCCGUUUGUCACGAGAGCUGUGGCAGUCAGCACCGUCUCCAAGAUUUCCGGUGUCUCUGGUGCAAUUCUACGGUGCACAAUGACUGUCAGAGACGGUUUUCCAAGGAAUGUUUCCUGGGGGCUCAUCGCUCGCUCGUAGUCCCCCCAACCGCCCUUAGCGACCCAAAGGGCGACGGUCAGCUAGUAGUAUCUUCAGACUUCUGGAAUCUUGAUUGGUCAUCUGCUUGUUCAUGUCCUUUGCUCAUCUUCGUGAACUCCAAAAGUGGUGAUCAUCAAGGGGUCGUAUUCCUCCGAAAAUUCAAGCAAUACCUUAAUCCGUCUCAAGUCUUUGACCUAUCGAAGGGCGGACCUGAAGCAGGGCUGUGCAUGUUCAAGAACUUUGCUCGCUUUCGUGUUCUGGUCUGCGGUGGCGAUGGCAGUGUGAGCUGGGUCUUAUCGAUGAUUGAUGCCUUUGGAUUACAUGAAAGGUGUCAGCUGGCAGUCAUCCCACUUGGAACCGGCAAUGAUCUGGCACGUGUCCUGGGCUGGGGUGCUUUCUGGAACAAAAACAAGUCACCGCUGGACAUCCUCAGCCGAGUGGAGCAGGCUACUGUGAGGAUUCUAGACAGAUGGAGUGUGAUGAUCCGUGAGACUCCCAGACAAGCCCCACUGCUAAAAGGACAGGUUGAGAUGGACAUACCAAGAUUUGAGACUGCUGCCAUCCAACACGUAGAAUCUGCAACCACCGAGUUGAACAAAGUCCUGAGGGCCAAGUUCCCCACAGAGAUGAUCAUUGCAACCAGAUUCUUGUGCUCAGCAGUGGAAGAUUUUGUGGAAGAUAUUGUAAAGGCCUGGAGUCAGAUAAAGCAGAACAACACAGCAGUACAGUCUGUGAUUUUGAAGAGUGACUUAAUGUAUGAUAAGCUCAGUGUCCUGAUUGAUGUCCUGGCUGAGGAGGCAGCAGCUACCUCUGUUGAGAAAAGUGCUACAGUAUACACAGAUGGUGGCAAGGCAGAUGGAAAGCCCUUCGUCCCUCAAGUAGACCACAUAGCCAAGUACAAGUUGGAGCUGGCCACAAAGGCCCAGAAUCUCCAGAAAUCCUUGAAGCUCAUCAUAUUCCAGGUUGAACAAGUUCUGGAUGAAGAAAGCAGACAGACAAUAUCAGUUAAGAACUUUGCAUCAACUCUCUUCCUGGAAGACUAUGACUCAGAGGAUUUUUACCAGAUGAGCCCAAGACAUCGUUCUCGUCGUGGCACUUUGUCGUCUAUACCUUCUCUCAAAAGUGAAGACCUAGAUAACCUUAACUUGGAACACUUAUAUUUUACACCUGAAACAAUACGCUUCAAAGAAAAGUGUGUCAUGAACAACUACUUUGGAAUUGGGCUGGAUGCUAAAAUUUCUCUGGAGUUCAACACCAGAAGAGAAGAACAUCCAGGACAAUACAACAGCCGCUUUAAGAACAAGAUAUGGUAUGGCCUUCUGGGAAGCAAGGAACUUCUGCAACGCUCUUACAGGAAACUGGAAGAACGAGUGCAUCUAGAGUGUGAUGGAGAACCCAUCUCCUUGCCAAACCUGCAAGGCAUUGUAGUGCUCAACAUUACCAGUUAUGCUGGAGGUGUCAACUUCUGGGGAAGCAACACAGCGACUGCAGAAUAUGAUGCUCCUGCAAUAGAUGAUGGAAAGCUGGAGGUAGUGGCAAUCUUUGGUUCUGUGCAGAUGGCCAUGUCCCGUAUCAUCAACCUGCAUCAUCAUCGCAUUGCCCAGUGCCGUGAGUUGAUGAUAACUAUUGAUGGUGAAGAAGGUAUCCCAGUGCAGGUGGAUGGGGAGGCCUGGAUCCAGAGGCCAGGUAUUAUCAAGAUUAGAUACAAGAAUGCUGCCCAGAUGCUGAUGAGAGAUCGGGACUUUGAGAAUUCAAUGAAAACGUGGGCAUGCAAGCAUAGUGAAAUUCAAGCUGCCCCUCAACCCCAGCUGGACUCCCAGGAAUCUCAUGAUAGCCUCUCUGAUGAGGAGUUUGCCCAGAUGCAGCACUUAGCUCGGCUUGCAGAAAACCUCAUUAGCAGACUCAAUGACCUCAGCAAGGUCCACCAGCAUGUGUCUGUCCUCAUGGAUUCUGUGAAUGCCAGUGCUACCAUCCUGAAUGAUGUAUUUUAUGGCCAAGACAGUGGCAAUGAGGCAGGUGCAGCUUCUUGUACUCCCAUUGAGACUAUAAGCAGAAAUGACGCAGUAGAUGUUACAUUUAGUCUUAAAGGGCUCCACGAUGACACCAAAGCUUUCCUGGAUGAAAACUUGCUAAGAAAUGCUGAGGCUGAGGCCACGCUACAGAAUGCCCUGGAUGUCAUGAGUCAGGAGUUUGAAAAGUUAUCGGAGAUCUACUGGAUGACUCCAAUCCUAGUUCCAGAGGAAAAAUCUUCAGAUACUGAUAGUAGAAGCCUCAGGUUGAAAAUUAAGUUCCCCAAAUUGGGGAAGAAGAAGCUAGAAGAGGAAGACAAGCCUAAAUCAGGCCAAAGAUUUUAUGGUUUUAUUGGUAAUUUGUGGCGUCGCAGAUAUCGUGAAGAUGAAACAAAAAGUGACGAUCCUCCAACACCAUCAAGAUCUCAGCUGUAGCUCUUGAAAGUUGGGAGGAGAACUCACACUACUUAGGACUCUACAAAAACUCUCAAAACCUCAAUACAGGCUGGACUAAAUUAUUUCAGAACAAACAUGAGCACCACCAAGAAAGACCCUCUAAUUCUUUACACUUACACAUUUUUCCUGGACUUAAUCAGGUCUCCUUAGAGGUUUACAUUUUCUCAUUAGCCAAAGAUUCUUGUUCCGAGUUGUCUUGUUCAGUUCUCCUUCUCUUUGUACAUUUUGAGCAACUACAGUAUUUAUUGGGAUAAUUGCUUCAUGAAUGGCCUGGGAUCUAUAUAGGAUUCAAGGAAGUUCACCUCUUCAUGGAGUCUGGGAAUGGUUUCCUCUGACUAGCAGAGAAACUGGAGAAGCUGAGGUAUGAAUGAAUGACACUCUAGGGAGAUGAAGGGAUGGGGCAGGACAGCCAGGCCUGGCUGUGUUUCUCCUUCAAACCCUGCCAAGUAUAGCUUGAAACUGCAGGAGAUCCAUUCUAGUAGGCUUCUUAAAAUGAGAACUAGGUCCCAGGGUCUUGUCCACUUGCCUGUUACAAUAACUAUGUGAAAUCUUUCUGUGUUGAUGUAGGAACCCCUCUCUCUCCCUCUCUCUUCUCUUCUUCUGUUCUUCCUCUCUCUCUUUCUCUCUCUCUCUCUUUCCCUUUCUCUCUCUCUCUCUCUCUCUUCCCCCUCUCUCUGCAAAUCCUUUGUUUUUCCAUGUGUGCAUGUAUGUCUUUGCACAUGUCCAGGUGGUGCUCUGGUGGCUGGGUGGGCCCAUUGGUUGGAACUCACCACUCAUGGCAACCGUAUAGGCUCCCCUCCUACUGCCUUGAUCCUAGCCUGCAUGCCUCCACGGAGUGUCUGCCUGCAUUCUUGCUGGAUUUUUUAACUAGAUGUUUUGCCGCUGUGCUGCAGUAUAGAUUAUAUAGAGACAUAAAGAUGUAAAUAUACAUAUAUAUAUAUUUUUAAGAACUGAAAAUACAACUCGACCUCUAAGUGACCCUCUAAUUUAUUGUGCUAACCCAGGAAUCCCACCCCACCACCCAUUACUCUACACACACAUACAUCUCUACCAACUGCCCUAGUUCUUGGUGGAGCUUCUAAUCUUUUGGUGCAUUUUUAACGUCUUAGAAGUAGCUGGGAUCUACCUGUGGUCCAGCUGAUUCUGACGUCCCCUUAAAAUUCUGAGCCAGGCCACAGAAAGGGGAACAAAAACAUCAAUGCCCUGGAGAAGGGGCUAAGCUGGCAUGCUGCCUUUUUUGCUCUAUUUGUCCUAGACUUUACAUCAGCAACUGCCCCAACCUGUGCUGUCCCCUUCCCCAAUCAAAAGAUGACAUGGAGCAACCAGACCUAGAGCUCUGUGACUUAGAUGUCUUAGCUAUAGACUAUCUGACAAUCUAGUCGCAGCCUAGGCCCUUCCCCUCAAAUUCUCUCUUGGCCUGAAUCUUCUGGACAGGCUGUCAGGUCAGUCCCCAAAUCACCUUCAGAUCUUCCCAUCUUGUCUCUUUCCUUGAGUACAAGAGGGACAUUCAGAGUGACCAGAAUGAACAUGGGCCUGGGGAAAUGAAGGCUAAAAGCCUCUGCUUCCUCAUGGUUCUUUUUCCAAAUUCUUCAUAAAAUAUAAACUUUCCCUAGAUUGCUCCAAAUCCUUAAUUCAAUUUUUUUUAAAGUCUGUUCCCAUUCAUACAAAUCUAAUCAAAUCCCGGUGCCCAGAGAGAUUUUCUCUGCCCUGCCUCUCAUCCCCACCCCACCCUAAAUUCACACCUUUAGGUAAGUAUCCCUCCCCACUUAUCAAGAUCAAUCCAGAAAACUGGCUUUUCCCCACUUCUCAUACCAACUUAGCGUGCUCAAUUACCUGACUCAGUCCAAUGGCUGGUUCAUCGAGGUGCACAAUCCAAACUCUAAGCACUGGUUCUCUACUUUAGAACUCCACCAGCCUAACCCACUGAAACCAGCCACCUGUGUUCCACCUCUGCGGGGGUGAGGAGAAAAAUACUAACAAGGGGAUAGUCCCCAAAUGUCUGAUUGCUGUGCCAAACAAACAAAAAAGUCCUAGCUCUACAACUAGAGAAGAAAGUCAAUGGAAAAUGAUGACAGAAACCUAAAACCUACUGAGGCGUCAGAAUGUAUCGUAUGUAUUCAGGUGGAGAGUGUGUCAUUGUGUGUCGUUGCUGUGACACUGGCUUUGUGUCACCCUUUCUUCCCAGGAGGAGGUGUCAGAUCCAAUCAGAAGGGUCAUCAUUGCAGGCCAUCUUAGCUCCUCCUUGGCUGAGUGAAUUGACACCUGUGUACACACUCACAUAGUUGGGAACUGAGUUGUAUUUUUUUGCAGGAGAGUCUUUUCAAAAUGGAAAAAUUUCUGAAUGACCAAAAUUAAGGAAACAGAAGAAAAUACUGGGAAAGUGUAGCCUUAUCUUGGCAACGACUAAGCAGGGCUAUCUCUUGUAAUUAUUUUUAUCACUAAUAAUAGUCAACUGUAAUAGGACUCCAUCUCUUGUGCUUACUUUGCUGAAGUGCUAUAGAUCUUUGUAAAGUGUGCUGCUGCUGUUGCUCUGUUUUCCCAUCUGGAUUCCCUUUCAUCCACCCUGUCCUCCCACCCUGAGUCAGAAAGAUAUUGAAUGAAACAACCAGGAUUGGGAGCUAAAGCCCAAUAUGGAGCAGAACUGAUAUAUGAUGGGGGUCCAAGAGCAGGUGUGGCUUGUGAGGUCAUUUAAGAUUCCUCCUAAAGUGACUUAGUUAACAGUUAGUGAGACAGCUUUGGAAGCAUCUGUUCUUGCAGUACUUUGGGGUGGGGGGAAUGAGUGAUCCCUCUCUCAAGGGAAUUGUCUUAGCUCCUGAAGGUAUAAGCUCCUUUCAGAAUGAGAUUAACCACUUGCAGGAAUACAAUUGCUCAGGUGGUGGGACCAGACACCAAAUAUGCAUCUCAAUUAUGUUCAGAAAUCAUUAGGAGCCAAAGCUCUGAAGUAUGGUUGUAUCUUUGGUAGCACUUUCUGAAAAUCGUAUGAGGUGGGUAAGUGAGGAGAACAGUAUGGGGGGGAGGCCAAAUAGAUUUGAGCCAUCACCAACUUCUUCUGGUAUCAGGACUAAGGAGUUCAGCAGCUAUCCAAAAAAAGGGCCCUCUAGGAUAGGGCAAAGGAAUAGUAAGGAAGAGAUUUUCAAUUUAAUAAAAAGUUUGGCCAGAAGAAACAGUUGGGAUCAACAUAGACUUCCCUCAGGAUGCAAAUGGAAGGAUUUUAGUUUCAAAAGAGAUAGACAGGAAUACCAAAGCUACCAAACCCAUUCGCACCAUUCCAUCCUAUAAGGGACCUUGAUUGGCUAUAUGGUUUGUGGAAUUGCAUUUGUCUAUUUGUAUGUUAACCUGUGAUCCAUUGUGGUCUUCUGUGUUUUUGUUUUCUCAGAGGCCCCUGCAAUUAAGCAGCAGGGCCAGGGACUGGUUGGGGGAGGAAGCUGGGAUAGUCAUGAGUAAAAGGGAAAAAAAGCAGAAAGAAAAGGUUCCAUGAAAGUGUGCUUAUUCUUCUUCCCCCCAAAAAUGGAACACCAGUCCUCAAAGUUAAUAAAGUAUUGCUUCUUAAAAUAUUUUAAUAAAUGAAUAAAUAUAAUCAACA